CUGUCACUUACCAGAUGACAUUAAGAGGUGACUUGAAGGACUCAUUUCCAGCAGUUCUUUUUCAUCAUUGCCAUCUGGGAAAUUUACAGAGCUGUGAGUGUGAUGCAUCCCUAUGGAUUUGGCAAGUCUAAUUCUGCUUUGCUUUGUGCUUAUGGAAGCUAGGAGUGAAUCCCAAGGAAAACAAAUUUAUGAAGGAGACUGGACUACUGAAGCUUUGGUGUGAGGGUGCUGCUGUCAUGUGGGGCUGCAGUUCAGGCCCCUCUGCUCAGCAUGUGGGAGUCCUUUGAAGUGGUCAUUCAGGAAAUCAGGGUUCCUGAUUUCUCUCUGGACAGGUGUCGGCACAGUUCCAGUGGAAAAAGACCACAUGGAAGAAAUGAUAACAAGGUGCAUAGUGGAAGUUCUAUCCAAUGCUCUGUCUAAGCCAAAUGCCCCACCAAUUAAUCCUGAAUGCAAAGAAAUCCUCAAGAAGGGUGGUAAAACUGAUAGAGAGAGAAGUGAAGACAAACAGCUUGAAGUGAGGCAUUUGAAAGAGCCACCUGAGUUUGAAAACCCACACUCUGAAAGUGUGGAGAGGGAACAGAAUCAGGCAGAAGGUGACUCUAAAAAGCACGUGAAAGGAAGUGAUGAAGAGAAGCUUCAUCCUGGGGAAGGUAACAGCAAGGAAGAUGAGGAGGGACAGCGCAUACCUGUUCGUGAAGAGAAACUUCAUACAGAAGAAAAAAACCUCUAUCAGGAAAUCAGAAGAGAGGAGAACAGCUACCACAGUGAAGAAGAAAGCAAAGAGAGCAAGCAAAGUGAUGGAGAAGUAGACCACGCUGUUCUCAACAAGAAGUCCCACUCUGCAGGCGUGAGCACAGAGGAGGUUGCUGAGGAGAAUGAUCAUCCCCCCAUGGAUCACUGGCAUUCAGAGGAGGGAAUGCAAAGCCCUUACAAAAGAAUUCAUGAAGGCGAGGAAGAAGAGGCAGAGGAAGAAAGAAGUGAAAAAUACCACCUGAAUGAGUCUAAGGGACGUGAUUUCUCCCAGCGUAAUGAGCAUGAAGAAUCUGAUGAGAAUGAAGAAGUGGAGGAAGAAAAAAAGUCCUACAAACCAAAACGGUAUCAUGGGAAACACAGAAUGGGUGAUUCCUCUGAAGAGAAUAGAGGCCGUGGGGGUGAGAAAGAGGAACUAGCUGAGGAAUCAAACGUAGAGGAGUCUCAUCUCUGGGACAAAAAGAACAACCAUCAGAAACACCACUAUGAAGAAUCUGAGCAGCAGCAUGAAGAGAAGAGUGGUUAUCGUGGGAGGCAUGGGUCUGAAGGUAUGGAGGAGAAGAGGCGUGUGGGCCAGGGAAGUGUGGAGUACAGGGAGAGGUGGCAGCAGAAGGAAGAGAAGAGCCAAGAGGAAAAUAAGAGGCAUCACAACAGUGAAGAAAGUAAUGAGAAAUGGCACGAGGAGUGGAGACACCGUUCUGAGGGAAGGGCGUAUCGUGGCGAUGAAAGUGAGGAAGAGCUGGACAGGUUUCACAGUGACAGCAGCAAGGAGAAGCAGCAUCAUGGUGGAGGAAGGCACCGCUUGUGGGACGAUGAAGGUGAAGGGACACUGAAAGAAUACACUCAAGAGCACAAAGGGCAGGCCAGAACACACCACAACACUGAGGACAACGUAGAGCAGCAGCACUACCCUGGUAACAGUGAUGAGGAGGAAGAGGAAGUAGAAAAGAAACAUUACAGCAGUGACCAGAUAGAAAAUGAAGAGAAUAUGGAGCAAGGAUAUGCAGAGAAGGAAGAGUACAGAAGCCAUCUCCCUGCAGAGAAUGAGAAGAGAACCACAGCACCCUACAGCCCUCUAUACCCACUUCUGUGGUGGAAGAGCCGGCACUUUGAGAAAAGGAACAGUGCAGGAGAGAGGCUUCCAGAGAGUAAAGAGGAAAGCAGGCCCACCUUGAGUGAGAAGAAUCUUUUCCCUGAAUACAGCGACUAUGACUGGUGGGAUAAAAAGCAGCUCCUGAGCGCUCUGAACCGUGGGCGCUCUGAGAAAAGGAAUCUUAGCAAAAGGAACAGAUAUGAUAUGAAAAGGCAAUACGACAAGAUGGAUCAACUCACACAGCUUCUGAAUUACAGGAAGAAAUCGGCUGAAUUCCUGGAAUUGUACAAUUCUGGAGAAGACAUGAAGAAACGUCACGUAAUCAGGAAUGACAAAGGAACUCUGAGCCAGAGACCUCUGACAGAGGAGGAGGCAAAAGAGCUGGAAAACCUGGCUGCUAUGGAUUUGGAGCUGCAGAAAAUAGCUGAGACAUUUAAUGACAACAGGAGAGGCUGAAGAUGAUCUGCUUUGGUGUUUCAAAGCUAGGUGUAGCUGUACUCACAAUACCUGUAUUUUUGUGGUAAAUUCACUGCCACUGGAUAGUUGUUUGCCCUAAAAACAAGAAAUACUAUUUACUGUCCACUAUAGUGUAGUGAUUUAUAAAGCUGGAAAUGUCUUUAAUUUGCUAUUUUGCUAUUGAAAUUUGAAUAGUGUGAAUUUUAAUAUUAUAACGUUUCAUGCAAGGCAGAUAUUUUUAAUAUUGCUUGUGGAAAUAAUUGUGUUAGUGUUCUUCAGAAAUAUAUGUCUGAGUUUGAAAUAAUAAAAAUCAUUGAUUUUGGAGCAAA